AUGCGACCUUGCAGCUGUGAUACUAUUGGUAUUCUUAAAGUUCCUAAGGAUCUUCAACUUGCUCAAACGUCCAAGUUCCAAUUCGCUUUGAUUGGCCGAUUCAUGAUGAACAAGGGGGCAAAACCUAAGACCACACGUGAGUUGAAAACGGAGCUGCAAUCGAUUUGGUCUUUGACAUCACCUUGGCAUUUAAUGCCAAUGGGAAAAGGUUACUUUACGUUGAAGUUUUACAACAAAGAGGAUAAAGCGACUGCAAAAUCCCAUAUCGUUUGGGAGCUCUCUUCUGGGUCCUUGCGUCUUCGUGAUUGGGUAAGAUACUUUAAUCCUUAUAAGGAAUCUUCAUCUUUGGCUAAAGUUUGGGUACGUAUUUACUAUUUACCUGUGGAAUUAUGGCAUCCGGAAGUUUUGUCUAGCAUAGGACGUUGGUUAGGGCAACCCUUAAAAAUCGAUGGUAACUCAAUUGAUGAUGAGGCUGCCCACUUUGCAAGGUUGUUGGUGGAAAUUGACCUUGCUCAGAUCCUGCCAGAAUAUAUGACCAUUUAUGGUGGUGAUUAUAAGUUCCAUAUUGAAUUCAACUAUGAAUAUCUUCCUCCUUUUUGCACUAAAUAUCGGAUGACGGGUCAUGCGGUGGACAAAUGCCGUCGGGGGAAGAAAAGCAGUAAGGAACUUGUGGAGGCUGUGAAACAGAAGGGACCACACUGGCAAGAAGUCACUAAGUCAAAGGAGCAACAUGACAAGCGUCUCAACGCCAUGGAAGGAGUGGUCUCGAUUGCGGAGGAGGAUUCUUCUAGGCACUUUGGCGAGGAGGGUAUCGAUAAGGAGUUGUCCGGACUGGAUCUUCUGGAAGCCUUUAUCAGCUCCACUGUUAAAUCUCCUAACGCUAAUCGUUUUAAGAUUUUGGAGGAAGGAGAGGUGUUGGCGAAAGCUGUUCACGAUGAUGGGAUAGUCUUGGAAAAUGUUGUCGAACAGUUGGUGGGCAACAUUACUGAACAAUCUCAAAAAACCCAUGUGAUUUCUAUCAAACAUAAGGGGUGCUCUGUUGAGCAGGAGGGCGUGGCUGCUGCGCUAAGGGUCGAUGCUAGUAACGAGUCUGUGGAGUUCAUGCAGAGACCAGAGCUGAGCAGUUCUGGACCAGAGCAGUAA